CAUUUAUAAUAAUUGACAUGAAAGUGAUUAAUAACGAAGAUUCUUUUUUCUUUUUCUUUAUUUGAAAGAACAAUCAAGAAGAUCCCAUUGUUCGUUAAAUGGCGAACUGAUUGGUUUCCAUUGAAAAAUUUUCUUUUCCGGUCUCAAAAGUCUUCAAAUCCCACUAAUUUCUGGCAAUAAUCGAUCAUAACUUUGCCGCGAAACUCCACUUUAAUGCUAAAUGAAGGAAUCGUCUUACCAGACUAAACAAAUUUCAAGAUUCCCGUUCGAACAAGUCAAAAAUCCGUUCCACUUUCCAUUUCUCUUUUCUCCCUUUUUCUUGCAGAAAGGAUUUGAUUUUAUUGUCUUCCUUGUGCAUUCGUGAAGUGGGUUUUGUCAAUUGCUCAAAGAGGAAGCAAUUUGAGAAAUGGAGACGAUGACAAGAAGAGGUUCUUAAGAUUUCGAAGAAUUUGAUAGAGUUUGAAAUUCAUGGGGGCUGCAAAUUCAAGGGAGGAACCAUCGGUUCAGUCGGUUUCGUCAUCAUGGAAUGGUGCAUAUGCUCAAUCUCCAUAUACUCAAUCGCCUUACGCGCAGGAAGCAUAUGCUCAAUCCCCAUAUAGUCAGGAAAGUCAGAGUUAUGUGCCACAGCAAUCAUAUUCCUCACCGGCUUAUUUUCCUCCUGAAAACUACCAUGGUGCUGCUGCUGCUGAUAAUGGAAGAAAGUUUGACAGAAGAUACUCAAGAAUUGCUGAUAAUUACAAAUCCUUGGAGGAGGUAACAGGAGCUCUUGCUCGUGCUGGGCUUGAGUCAUCCAAUCUCAUUAUUGGAAUUGAUUUCACAAAAAGCAAUGAAUGGACCGGUGCAAAAUCAUUUAACAAACGAAGCCUUCAUGAUGUCAGAAAUGGCCCCAAUCCAUAUGAACAAGCCAUAUCCAUCGUCGGAAAAACGUUGUCUGCUUUUGAUGAUGAUAAUUUGAUUCCGUGCUUUGGAUUUGGAGAUGCAUUUACGCAUGAUCAAGAUGUCUUUAGUUUCUAUCCAGAAGGGAGGUUUUGUAAUGGAUUUGAGGACGUGUUGAAUCGUUAUAGGGAAAUUGUUCCCCAUCUACGUCUUGCAGGACCAACUUCAUUUGCACCUGUUAUUGAGAUGGCAACGUCAAUUGUGGAGAAGAGUGGUGGCCAGUAUCACGUUCUGUUGAUAAUUGCCGAUGGGCAGGUGACUAGAAGUGUGGACACUGAGCACGGGAGGCUAAGUCCACAAGAAAAGAAAACAGUUGAUGCUAUUGUGGCAGCAAGCAAUUUCCCUCUUUCAAUUAUUUUAGUUGGUGUCGGGGAUGGACCAUGGGAUACAAUGAGAGAAUUCGAUGACAACAUCCCCGCCCGAGCCUUUGAUAAUUUUCAGUUUGUGAAUUUUACUGCGAUCAUGUCGAAGAAUGUUCCCCAGUCCCGGAAGGAGACAGAAUUUGCACUUGCAGCUUUGAUGGAGAUUCCUUCUCAAUAUAAAGCUACCUUGGAACUUAAUCUACUGGGGACUCGGAAAGGCAGUGCUCCCCAGAGGAUUCCACUUCCUCCACCUGUUGCAGCAUCUUUCAGCAGACCAAAACCUCCUCAAUCCUUCAAUUUUGAGCCAAGUGUGCCUCCGUAUCCUGGGAAUAAUAAUUCGAUUGAAACUGUUGGUUCGAUUGAUCUUUCAUCUUACGAUGACAAGUUGUGCGGCAUUUGCCUUAGUAACCCAAAGGACUUGGCAUUUGGCUGUGGACAUCAGACUUGUGGCGAAUGCGGACAGGAUCUUCAAAUAUGCCCGUUCUGUCGAAGUUUAAUCCACACACGGUUAAAGCUCUACUGAUCAGAUCUCAACUUGCAAUCAAGCCAUACUUGUCAAAACAGUCUGUGAAAGUUCAUGAUGUGGUACAGGCAUAACGCCUUGAUAUGGAACGAUAUCUUUGCCCUAUAGAUGUGAAAAUGUAGGCAAACAAUUCUAUUCAUACCUUUCUUUGCUAUUUAUAUACGAAGGAGAGGUGUUGUAAAUGAAACUUGGCCACUGGAAUUGAUUCUUUUCUUUCUUUAAUUUAUUUAUCCAUAUGUCUUUGUACAGUUGAGAAUAUAUAAUGCAAUGUACUGAUAUAUGUAUGUGUACUUACAGCAAGUACUUUUUUUUUAUUACUUUUUUAUUUAUCAAUGGAAAAUAAGAAAAAAUUAUCCUCUCGGGGUCCUGUUUGUGAGAA